UGUAGGGAUGUCCCGGUGCAACGGCGAAUGCGAAUGCAGCGCAUGAAUAUUAUCUCCAGCAUGCCACUUCGGAAGUAGGUCACCGCUCACCGAUUUGUUCACCAUGUCUCCAGCUCCAGUGGGCUGUUCGGUCCGUGGAUCGCUCCCCAGCAGGUCGACGCACGCAGCCCGACCGAACCCAAACUGAGUCGGACCGCGGAAACGGGACGGACCGCGGAUUAAUUUCGAGAGUGUGUGGGACCCGAGGGAUAAUCCAUGAUGAAGCUCACUGAAGGGGCCCUCUGAGCAGAAACUCAUCAUUGUUAGACCUGAGCCCUGUGGAUGAAGAGGAGUUGCAUCUGUUACCGGACGCUGAGACCAUGGUGAAAGCUCAGCGGAGCCAGACAGCGAAAUACAGCAAGGCCAAAAAGGAGAAGGCGAGCAAAGGAAAAAGAGAUGGGUUGAAAAAAGCUAAGGAGAGAAAACAUGAGUUGAAAGGAAAGAAAAGGAAGGAUAAAAAAGAACCACAUGGACACAGGAGAAAGACCCUGAUGGUGGGGGAUGGGGAUGCGUUAGACUGCUGCGUCCUCCUCACCCGUCUAGAGGAGAAAGGAGGUAUGGGUGGAGGAAAGGACGCGCCAAGAACCGGGAAACAAAAGAGCGCAAAAGUCAAGAUGAAGCUGCACUCCAGUGUCGCUCAAAGACGGACCAAAUGUGUUAAAACUGGACUAAAGAAACCUUACCCAUCCAAUCAGCAAACACUGGAACCAAAAAUCAACCAAUCCAACGCCUUACUCAUGCUAUCCGCACCUGUCUUUGAGCCUCGCAGGCGGAGAAUGGCCUCUCUGAACGCCGAGGCCGUCAACAGCUUGCUGCUUUACAAAAACGACCCUUGUACGUCGAAUCCCGCAAAGAAACAGCAGCUUUCGCACGACAAUCCGGCUAAAGAGGGUCCGCUUAAAGAUAAACCUGUCUGCGCACAUGAACCCAGAGGACAUCAAACUAAAAAGGUCCCUGCAGAAGGGAAAACAGGGCUGAAAGAAAGACGGAAAAAGCAGAAGCGAUCGGAGGCUCAGAACAUCGAUUGGUUGAGUUUGUUUGCGCCGACGCCUCGACGUCAGGCAGGCCUCACCGCUGCGACGCUGCUCAAACUCACCAGUGCAUACGGAACCAAACGGCAAAAAAAGAAGGAGGUUAAACUGGAGAGCGAAAGUGAAGCCACAGCAACUCAGGAUGAAAUUAGGUGUAAGCCAGUGUGUGAAGGAACAACGCAGACCAAAAGAACAACAAAGCCCAAACAUGUUGAGCAACUGAAGCACAGAAAACAGGGUACAGAGGAUCUCCAUUGCCAGCUGGGUUCUACUCUCCAGGGAUGUAGUUUGUGUAAGACAGAGACUUUGGAUCCCGAGUGGAAGAGCGCCUCAGGGGAGCAGGAGUGUCUCAAACAUAAGCUCCACCGUGGUUCUACAGUUGGACCCUUAAAAACAGUCAAAAAGGAGCAGGUGGAGACCGAGGUGUCCUCCUGCUACUGCUGCUCCCAGGAGAGGUGUGUGGAAUACUGUCACAGACUGGCCCUCUUCCUGGACGACAAGACCUUUAAGGAACCAGAGGACGGCUCCGUGUCCGAGGUGUUUCACCACCACCAUCACCACCAUCAUCAUCAUCACCAUCACUCACACCCAGCAGCCAUAACCAUCAGCCCACACACCUACACCUGCUUCCCCGGCUACUACGUCCACUUCAGCCACCCGGACACUUCCCAGUCUGCCAUAUCACCCCUCACUUUAUGCCCGAGGAGCGGCAAGAGACCCAAACUGCUCCCCAGCAGGAGUACACAGCCCUCAGGGAUUUCUCAUCCAGUGUACUGCUGCACCUCAGUGGAAGCAUGUUACGGAGAUCCCUGCAGGAUCAGCGGCUACUCGGCUUAUACCAGUGUGAUUCCAGCCAUCAGUGGAGGGUGUUCCUUCAGCCCCACGGACUGCACCAAAUGUAACCAUGGCGUCAAAAGAGACGACUACCCGUCAACCCUCAACGACCAUCACAGCCCCUCCUCCAUCCCCAUCUGCCCCAGCCCCAGAGUCCUCACUGGCUGCCCCAUUCCCGCUGUGCCUCCAGCCGGCCAAUCAGUGCCCCACAUUCAAACUCCGCUGUCCGACCCCAGCCAACCACAGCCUCCGCUGCAGGUGGCCAAGGAGUGUCCGCAGAGUGCCAAGUCGCCCAGCGGGUCGAGGUCUGGCGCACGCGGCACCGGCAGCAUCGGCUCUGCUGCCUGUCCUCUCAACAGGGAAAAGAAACAGAAGCUCAGUCCUGCCAGCAAUGGAGGGCACACGGUUGCCAAGCAGCUGAAGAACUGGCGGCAAAAAACCACGAACGGCUGGCGGCCAGUUGGCCUGCCCUUUGAGAAGGAGGUUUUCUCUGUGGGAGACGAGGCUCUGGUGUUGAGGAAAUGUUUCAAGGGAGUCCAGAGGGGCGAGGAUCUGAUUCGGGUCAGAGACACUGUUCUGUUGAAAUCUGGACCUCGGAAAAAGUCUCUGCCUUAUGUGGCUAAGAUCUCAGCUCUGUGGGAGGAUCCAGAGUCAGGAGAGAUGAUGAUGAGUUUGUUUUGGUACUACCGUCCAGAACACACACAGGGGGGCCGCAACCCCAGCAUCCAUUGUGAGAAUGAGAUCUUUGCAUCCCGACACCAAGAUGUGAACAGUGUGGCCUGUAUUGAAGACAAAUGCUAUGUCCUAACAUUGGCACAGUAUUGUCGUUUUUGUGCCUUGGUAAAACGGCACAGGGAGGGCGUACGAGACAGCGCCGCCUCCCUCGUGGUGCCGCCUGUUGUCGGCAACGCCAUGCCCACCCACCACUGUGUGCCCAAUGACGUCGAUCCAGAGCUGGUGUUUUUCUGUCGCCACGUCUACGACUUUCGCUACGGACGCCUCCUCAAGAACCUGCAGUAGCGUCAGACGGGUCAUGACACACAUCACACAUGCCGUGGGAUGUGAGACAAUGUGACGUUAGUUUCAUUCCCUACACCUUUCAUUAACUACAUGCCUACCUGCUGUCUCUGUGAGGGAGGAACUGGAAUUACUGUCAUAUGCAUACGUUUAGGAUGAAGGAUCAAGAUGAACUUAUUUUGGUUUGAAAUUUUUUUGUUCGUACUUACCUGUCACACAUUAAUUAAGUAACAGUCUGAUGACAUAUUGUAUAAGAGUUAAUCUGGCAGUGUAAAUGGUUUUAACAUACAUGCCUCUCUGAUGUCGUAGCAGCUGUGUUGAAGAACCUGGAACGUACUCUGCUGUAGAAAAUUGCUACUGUAGAUCUUAGAAAUGUGAGACUUUAUAGAUACGAAGAGAGGUCGAUGUUACGUGUGAAUAAUGUUACUAUCUGCCUGAAAGAUAUUAGACACGGUGUCUUUAUGAUGCGUCAUACCUAAAGAAAACUUCACGGAUUAUCCCGGCGUAGUAGAAGAGAUAAGAAACAGAUAUUUGAAUGGUGGAAGAUUUUAUCACCUCCAUUAUAGGAUGCUUUGGUAAUAUAGUGCUGCCAUUUAAAAAAAAAUAUCCAAAAAAAUUGUUCUAUAAGGCACAAAGUGAAGGUUUGCAAAAUUGUGCCUGGACUGUGUUCGAAUCCACAAUUUCGUAAAGAGCAGAAAUCGUUAAAGGAUGGUCCUCAAAUGAAUCAGUGACAAAAAUAAUCAUUCAUUGUUGCCAUAAUUUAAAAGGUUCAAUUUGUAUAGUUUGUUCUUGCAUUUCAUUGGGUGCUAGUGGUUUGUUGACGUUAACUAACUCCUUGUAUUAACUGUUGCAUGAGGAAUUUUGCUGAAACAUGGCUUUUACUUUACAUCAAAACAGAUCUAAAUUUAGCAUACGCUUUUGUCGCGAAGUCUGGCAAGUAACUAUUGAAACUGUUUUUCAUAAACCGCAUAUCUUCUGACAUUGUUCAGACACACAGAUCAAGAGAAAAUAAGCUUUAUUUGAGGCCUGUUUUGGUCUUAACAACAAAUUCAUGCUCAUAAUUAGGAUAAAAUAAAAGUAGCUAAAACUAGCUAAAAGUAAAAACCCUGAUAUUAGUGGAUUAUUAUUUUAUUUACACCCCAUUAUUCUUGUUUCCAACUUUUCGGAGACAGGAAUUGAAUCAUUUUGUUUCGGUGUACACUGCAGCAUAUUUGCUUAUUGUAGUGUUCUCAACCGGGGGGGCGCGAGCACAGGACGGGGGGAGGGAAAAAUCCUGAAAAAUCACAGACUCACUGGCUUUUAGUACAAAGGAGAUGCAGUAGAUUCCCCCCAAGUCAAAAUGCAAGCGGUUGGACUAUUAGAGUGUUUCUCAACGGCGGCGUAAAGACCCUGUGUCAGCCCCCAGUCGCAGAUUUGUUUGUUUUUGGGGGGUGGUACAUGGGAAAUGAUGAGGUUAGAGGGGUUUUAUCUACAUAUCUAUAUAACCCACCACAUCCUCCACAUACAGGUUUAUUGUGUAACUUUAGAAUAAAGUAACCCCCCACCCCCAGCCCCUAAUUUUUUCAGGGAUCGGGGGUGUAACAGGAGGCUCAUGAUUCUGUUAGUGGGCCUUUCUUCAAAAAUGUUGAGAAACACUGUCUUGGAGGAUGUUUUAUUUCCUACAUCAGUCAACGGACAUGCUUGUUAGCUUAGAAAUGGAGUUAGCUAACGUCAACAAAAUAUUACAAAUUUCAUAACCACACAAGCGCUCUCAAAUUUUUCGAUAUUAACCCUUUAAAUGAUUAUGGUGAGCAACUCAGCAAAAAUAAUUGUUCAUUGAUGCGACAAUUUAGAGGUUUAAUAGAUAUGAUUUGGAAUGUAUGUGCAUUCAUUGCAUAGAGAGCUUGUUGUUUGUUGACAUUAGAUAACGUUAUUUAUUACGCAGAUUAACAGUAGCUAGUGUUGCACACUGUUGCAUCAGAAUGUUCACUGACAAACUGACCUCAGUCCUCUACUUUGGAAAAACGCUGCUAUGACGUUAUCUUAAAAAUGAAUGGGAUUUACAGAUUUCAACUGAUUCUAUUUUCCCAAAGUCACAUUAAGUAAAGAUUGAACCUGUCUUUCAGAAACCACAUAAUGUUUAACAUUGUUCAGAUGCACAGAUGAGGAGGAAAUUAACUUUUUUUAGGCUCGUUUCUGUCUCAUCAGUAAACUCUCACUGACAAUCCUGAUGAAAUGACACUAGUGAAAAAAAAAAAAAAUCUAUUAUUUUCUUUAGACCCUUUACUUCUUUCCACCCUUCUGACCACACCCAUUAAAGACACAGGAAAAGAAUCACUCCACAUCAUAUCAGUUCACGCAGCAUCAUAUUUGUUUAGAAGAUCUUUUGUUGCCUACAUCAGUCAACCGAGACGCUUCUUAUCUCAGAAACGGACUUAGCUAAUGUCAACAAACAGAUUCCACAAAUUUCAUAACCGCACAAGCACUCUCAAAUUUUACUUAUUAAACCUUUAAGUGAUGAUUAAAGAAUGUGAUCAAGUUCAUCAAUAACAAAAAUAAUCCUUUUAUUGCUGAAAUAAUUCACUGAAUGCAGUCGCUGUUCAACUUUAACCUGUGGGAAAUGGAGUCAACUUUAAAUUCUGUGAUGAAAUUUUUCUUACCAUCAGCUUUAUCUUUAACAUAUAUCGCUGGUCUUCUUUUUUUUUUUUUAGAGGAAGGACAAAUGUUUUUCUUUAUUUUAACUUUACUACCACUGAUCUGACAUGUGCACAGUAAUCCAUUAAAUGUGGAUGAUUUUCUGAUUUAACUUUUAUGUCAUAUCUAAACCUCUGAAAUGCACCUUUGUGGCAAUGUUCACCCUGUCGGACCUGCACGGUUUGCGCGUGAAACAUUAAGGAGACUUGUGUUAUGCCACUGCUUUGGAAUAUUUUGCUUUCUUAAAGCUGUUUGCCAGAGGUGUGAUUUGGCUUAAAUGUCAACUAACUGUAUAUUUGCAUUUAUAUACCCGGAUGAGUGUCUGUUCAUGGCAGAUGGCAUCAGUUAGUCACCUAUAUUCUUGUUUCUCCACCAAUGAGAUGGUGAGUAAUGUAUUCAGUGUAGCAUUUAGAUCUGUGACGAUGAUUCAUUCCUAUGUUUGAGAGAAGAUAUGUAUUUAUUUCUGUACUGAGAAAAUAUAAUUUAUUUUCAAAAGAUAAUUUUAAAGAAGUAGAGUUUAGAUGAGUGGCUUUCAUUCCUGAUUAGAAAGGAGGUCAGAGUUGUCUCUCCUUAGCUGCACUGUCUAAGAUGAAUAACUAAAGUGUGUGAGUCAUUUGCAGUAGUAUUUCUGUGACCGGUUUGCCCAAUACGAGCCUGUUAUUGUUGUGUUGAGAUGUCCAGAUACAUUAUUUGGAAGGAUCUUGUGCUGUAAUUUGAAGGACAUCUGCUAACAUGUGACCAGAGAUGCUUACCUGCAGGACCAAAUAUCCUUCGCCCCUCCCCGCUUCCCGUCAUUCUCCUCUCACUUUUCGUCAGACGACAAAGCUUUGCCUAUUCACUGAUAAAAAUACAGAAUGCUACAUGAUAAACUUACCUUGCCAUUAGCCUGUGCCCUUGAUAUUGCUGCCUUAUCGAACAUUCCCAGCCUUUCAUUUAGAAAUAUUUGCAGAUCUCAGCCUGGAGUUAUGCACCAUCUUAGUGUGCUGAUCUUGAUUCCUACACGCUUCAGGUCCGUCUCAACCUCGUCUGAUGAAUGUGACGCAAAAAGGCGAAACUCAUCCUUGACCAACACUUGUAAUCAAACAUUUAUUUGUUCAAGUCUGG